UUAGCUAGAGCAGAAAAGUAAACAAGUCAAACAAGACAAUGAAGUUUCAAAUGUUAUGGCUCACUUUGGUAUUACUUGCCAUCGAAGCUACUUCAACUGCUCAAGGAAAGAACACAACAAUCCCAGCACUCAUAGUUUUUGGAGAUUCGAUCAUGGAUACAGGAAACAACAAUAAUCUUUCUACUCCUCUAAAGUGUAACUUUCCUCCAUAUGGUAAAGAUUUUCCCGGAGGUUCUGCCACGGGAAGGUUUUCUGAUGGAAGAGUUCCUUCUGAUAUUAUUGCUGAAAAAUUAGGAUUGGCUAAGACACUGCCAGCAUAUAUGAAUCCGAAUUUAAAGCCUAAGGAUCUUCUUAAAGGUGUAACAUUUGCAUCUGGAGGAACUGGUUAUGAUCCAUUAACGGCACAAAUCAUGUCUGUGAUAUCGGUGUGGGAUCAACUCACUUAUUUCAAAAAAUAUAUAUCAACGAUCAAAAAACAUUUUGGAGAAGAGAAAGCAAAAGAUAUUGUGGAAAACAGUUUAUUUCUCGUGGUCUCUAGUAGCAAUGACCUUGCUCACACUUAUUUAUCUCGAGCUAAUAGAUAUGAUCGUACCUCGUAUGCUAAUUUCUUGGCCGAUUCUGCAGUCAAAUUUGUGAGAGAGUUACAUAAGCUUGGAGCUCGAAAAAUUGGAGUUUUUAGUGCAGUUCCUGUUGGUUGUGUUCCACUCCAAAGAACUGUAUUUGGGGGUUUCUUAACAAGAGGAUGUAAUCAACCUCUAAACACCAUGGCAAAACAAUUUAAUUCAAAACUUUCUCCAGCACUAGAUUCUUUGGAUAAAGAAUUGGAUGGUGUUAUCUUUUACAUUGAUAUUUAUGAUACUCUUUUCGACAUGAUCCAGCACCCUAAAAAAUAUGGGUUUGAAGUAGCUAAUAAAGGAUGUUGCGGUUUAGGAACUCUUGAGAUAUCCUAUUUGUGCAACUCAUUGAACCCAUUCACGUGUUCAAAUUCUUCGGCUUAUAUAUUUUGGGACAGCUAUCAUCCAACUGAAAGAGCUUAUCAAGUUAUCGUUGACAAUUUACUCGAAAAAUAUUUGAGCAAAGUCUAUUAAUCAUU